AUGACGGAUGUUAUGCCUCUGCCAGCCAGUCUCCGGAAACGGUUUUACGAGCCAGUCAUCCUGCUCGACAGUCUCAGAGCUGUCUAUCGGAAAGACAACAAGCUGACAGAGCCUGACCUGGAGGCUGCUGCCGGUAAAAGCCCCCAGCAGAUGUAUUAUUGUUUCGUCAACAAACUCGGUCAGAUAUGCGACAACCAGCGCGGGCAGCACCUUGGAAAGACAGUGACAUCAUUUGCUCUUCUCGACUCCGGCAACAUCGAAUAUCGCUUUGCAUCCAACCUACGUGACCGCGACGAGUUGAACGAGGUGAAGCAGUAUGUGACCGAGAUCCUCAACGUCCUCGGCGACUUAGCCGACGACGAUAUGGACGACAAGACUCGCAUGGCGUCUGUCUUCUCUCGCAUACUGCACACGGUAAUCGCUUUCAACCGCUCCAAAAUGCAGCACUACAUAGAGACGCUGUGUGAGAACGACAAUCUCAGAUUCUGCAUUGGCAGGUCGUCUGAGGAAGCAACCAGCAAGGGAGAAUCCGUUUCUCAAGCUCUCCAAAGUCUUCAACCUCAUGUCGACGCUGCAAGGGAAGCAGCCUCGGAUGAUGACGAUACAUUUGUCGAUUCUGUCCGACAACUUCUUGAGGAAAUCGACAAGCAUCAUGAACCGCUGCUGGAAGAUUACAUGAAGCAGAAGACCCUGGGAUUGGGAAACACGGACAGCCCCUGGUGCGAAGUCCGUCACGCUCUUGGCCGUCUCCUCUCCUAUUUCAUUGCCAUCAAAGUUCUUAUCUCUGCACGAAAGUUGUGGCCACGCAUCUUUGUGAAUGUCGAUGUAAACUGGAUCCCCUCAACCGAGCCCAGCCCGGAUCCGCCCGAUAUCAGAAGGAACGCAAGGGGUAUUAUCCAGCGUAUGGGCCGAAAUAAGUCAACGCUGGACGCAUACCAGCAGCAUGCCGAGAGUUUGCAAAAUCGGCCGGGUGGACUCGACAGCCAGAUCAAGCAAAGGGUUCACCCGCUGAACUUUCGACCGAUUGUGCAUGCCGAGGUCAACCUUCUCGACUCGAUUCUCCGGGAUCAGGCUCAAGCUGAAUACGAGGGCGAUGACCUGCUGCGAUUCUUCAAUGAGGCUGAGUUUGGGCGCUACGUUGGAAGCAGCAAGCCCACCUGCCUGCUGUGUCACUUGUACUUCGCUGCCCACCACUCAGGAGUCCAGUGUCGACCGACUCACAAGAACCUGUACUACAACUGGCGUGCACCCGAUAUUUUGAAUGGCGAUGGUCAGGAAGCCGUGGAGGAGAGAAAUGCCAUUCUUGAGCAGAUGGUCAAAGACAUACGGGAGGAGACAAAGCGGGCCAUCAAGGAGAGGUCAUACUCCCGCCGCAAGCAUGAUUCCAGGGACACCCCGUCAAACCCGUUGUGGAGCACAACGCGUGCGUCUUUGGUAGGGGGCGUUGAUAUUGACGAUUUGGGUUCACAGCUUGGCCAGAUCAAUCUUGACAAGGCGUCUUCGGUGGGAAAUCGGACUGAGUCUUCGAGAGACACCACUUCGGAGGAUGCAGGUGCGAGACUUGAGCGGGCCUGA